CGAGAUUCAAACCCGUUAUCAUUUUUAUUAGUUUUUGACGAAGUAUUAGCAAUGUUAAUGUUCCAUUCAUGCGUUAAAUAGUUAGUAAAACAGCGUACUUCUAAUGAUUUUUGUCACUCGACACGUUUCUUAUGGUCGAGUCAUUCAAAACUUUUGAAUGUAACCAACGUGUAAUUCCUAAAAGAUGAAACGAUUAAAGAGUGAAUUAAUUAAUGCGACAAUUGAAUCAUAUUUGAAACGACGUCAUUAUCAGACUAGCGAGGUUUUUUGUAAAACUAAUCAAAUACAUUGUCGCACCAGUGAUGAAAUGACUCUGAAUGCAGCUGCUGCAUCUGCUACCUCUCAAGACAACUCCAUCAUUUUCAGUGCUAUUAGCAUUGAUGUAGCUGCUGCAGAUCAAGCGUAUCAACGAUUAAAGAUGUGGGUAAACAUAGCACUCGUUGAUAAAUUGAAAAUGGAAUUAAAAGGGCUUCUAUACCCUGUAUUUUGUCACUUGUAUUUAGAGAUGUUACAUGCUGGUAACAGACAAGCAGCAAUUCACUUUUUAAAAGCACACCAAAACGAUUUUAAUAGUGAAACUGAGAAAGAUUUUUUGGAAGAGCUAUCCAGUGUAUUUUCAGUGCAGGAUAUCGAACUGAGACCAUUAGUAAAUUCGUUUAGAACUAGAAAAUAUAAAGUGGAUAUGUCUGAUAUUGCUCACCUGUGUCUUCAGCAAUUUCUUUCAAAGCAAGGACACAUUACACUAAUGCAGAUAAUAAAUACACACCUGACAAUAAUUAAAAAAAUGGAUGUGCCUGAAACAGAUAUCGAAGGAUGUGAAGAGUCAGGUUCAAGAUCUGAAGUAGGAAUAAAUGGAUAUGUAGAACAGCCAUCAGGUACUGGAGCUGAUCGUGAAAUGAGAGAAUUACAAGAAGCAAUAAGAUUAAUCCGAAAUAAUGCACAUCAACCUUUACGAAUAUUCGCAGUGAAUAAUGCCAUUGAAAAUGCGAGUAGUGGUGUAAUUCCGCCAAAUAUGGACAAAUUAGCAGUAGGAUUUAGCACUACAGAGAUUAGGCUAUGGGGUAUAAAUGAAACAGUAUUAAUUAAACCAAAGCACGAGGAACCCUCCUUUUCGUUCGCCUCUGAUAACCCAUUUUUAGACAAAUUUUAUGAAACUACCGACAGAACGACUGAAGGAGGGGCAGUGAUACUUAGAGGACAUACGGAUAUUGUACAUGAUCUAAGGUUUAUUCCAGAAUCAGAAAUUUUACUUUCUGUAUCUAGUGAUAAAGACAUGAGGGCAUGGAGACUUAAUGAUUAUACGUGCGCCGCAAUUUAUAGUGGUCAUAGUUACCCUAUAUGGUGUAUGGACCUUAGUGUAUUCAAUUUAUAUGUAGCGACUGGUUCUCACGACAGAACCGCUAAAUUGUGGUCGUUAGAUAGAAUAUUUCCAUUGCGCAUAUUCGCUGGUCACUUCUUAGAUAUAAAUUGUGUAAAAUUUCACCCAAACGCUCGAUACUUAGCAACUGGGUCCGCUGAUAAGACUGUAAGGUUAUGGGAUAAAGAUGAUGGAAAUUUAUUGAGGGUAUAUAUUGGAGCGCAGUCAACGAUUUAUAGUUUAGCUUUUAGUCCAGAUGGAAAGUAUUUGGCAGCUGCUGGUGAUGACAAGUCCAUCUCCGUUUGGGACUUAGCGACUAACGCGUUGUUAACUGAACUGAAAGGUCACGAAGACACAGUUAUGAAUUUAGAUUGGAGUUUCGAUGGUCAGUACAUUGCCAGUGGAAGUUUGGAUGGCACUAUUCGUUUGUGGCCUACUCACGAUCACAUUAAAACUCUCAAUAGUAAUUCGUCAAAUGUAGUACCUGAAAUGGAACCACCACAAAUAUACUCAACAUAUUGCUCGAGUAUACUUUCCUUGCGUUAUUACAAUAAAAACAAUUCGCUCGUGUGUAUCGGAACGGUGGACAAUUUGUAA